AUGCUGAGCGGUGCAGGCUUGGUAGCUGAGUUUUGGGCGGAAGCAGUGGCUACUGCUUGUUAUCUGAAGAACAGGUCUCCUACAUCAGCCUUGAAGGAGAAGAUUCUGUAUGAAGCACUGUUUGGAAAAAGGACAGACGUAUCUCAUAUCAGAGUGUUUGGCAGUGAAGCAUAUGUGCAUGUACCCAAAGAGAGAAGAAGCAAGUUUGACAGUAAAUAUGAGAAGUGUAUCUUUAUUGGGUACAAGGAUGGUGUCAAAGGAGCCACAAACUGUGGAGUUAGAUGUGGUUUGAAAAAAGAUGCAAUAAACUCACAGGUUGGAGUGGAAAGUUCAAAUUCAAAAGUUGCUGAACAUAAUGAGGUUGAAGAUGAAGAUUCUGAAACUGAGGCUGAAGUCGAAGCACCAAUGCUAAGAAGGUCCACAAGGAAACAAGACCAUCUGAGAGGUGAUGAUCUAAUCACUGUCCGUGCUGUAGCAUUGGAAAACAGUGAUGUAGCAUCGAAGAUGAGUUCAGCAGCAUGUCUAAUUAAGAGGGAGCGUGACAAAGGAAGAUUAUGGUUGAGUCAGCGGAAGUACAUAGAGGAUGUUUUGAAGAAAUUCAAGAUGACUGAUUGCAAACUUGUGUUGACUCCCAUGUCUAUUGAUUCUAAGUUAUAG